ACAGUACCUGGACCCCCUCUUCGGGGAGAAAGUGGAACAGCUAGUGCUGGGUCAAAGUCAUGUUAUUUUGGCUGCCUGGUUUUUUAAUGUGUCUCAUGAGUAGCUAAUAAUACCUCUGUCCCGCUGACCUCUCCCCCAGAGAGGCAGCUAGGACAGAGCCUCCCUCUUCUUUGUGUGUCUAAGAGGCACUGGACCUUGGGCAAGUGUAGAAAGGGGACAGGAGACAGGAAGGACCAAUCCUGCUCUGGCUUCCUAAGCCUAAGCGCCAUAGGCCAAGGCAUACCAGGGAGAGUCCUCUCUAUGGAAGACCCAGUUCUGAGGGUACCAGCCAUAACCCCAGAGUUCCUCUCUAUGAGAACUGAGAACACAGAAGUGGGAGAUUGGAACUGAGCUGGCAGUGGGCCCAGGCAUCCCGGGGUGGAAGCAGUUAAACCAUGGCGACCAGCUCACAACAAAGAUAUGUUCAACCCAGACACCAAUCCUUAAGGAGACUGCAGACUUCUAGUGAUGUGAUGCAGCGCAUGCAAGAAGUUUUGCGGGGAGAUCUGAUGAAAGAAUUCUUGGCUGAAUUCAUGAGUACAUAUGUUAUGAUGGUGUUUGGUUUGGGUUCUGUGGCCCAGAAGGUUCUGGGGGGUAGUGAUUAUGGGACAUUCCUCAGCAUCAACUUGGGAUUUGGCUUUGGUGUUGCCAUGGGAGUCCAUGUGGCUGGGGGAAUCUCUGGUGCCCACAUGAACAGCGCUAUUACCUUUACAAGCUGUGUCCUGGGUCAGAUGCCCUGGAAGAAAUUUCCUGUCUACACGGUGGGACAGUGCUUUGGAUCCUUCUUAGCAUCAGUUACUAUAUAUGGCCUCUACUACGAGGCACUCAUACGAUACACAAAUGGGAAUCUGACAGUAACCGGACCCCGAGCAACUGCAGGCAUCUUUGCUACUUACCCUGCCGACCACAUGACUUUGUGGAGGGGAUUCAUAGAUGAGCUAUACUUAACUGGAAUACUCCAGGUGUGCAUACUGGCCAUCACUGACAAAAAGAACAGCCCGGCUCUGCAAGGGACCCAAGCUUUGGUCAUAGGUGUCCUCGUGCUCACAAUAGGAUUGUCACUGGGCAUGAACACAGGUUACGCCAUCAACCCAUCCCGGGACCUGCCCCCAAGGAUCUUCACGAGCAUAGCCGGCUGGGGCAAUGAAGUCUUCACAGCGGCAGACAGCUGGUGGUGGGUCCCUGUGGUUGCCCCGCCACUAGGCUCUCUCACAGGAGCCGUUAUCUACCUAAUCUUUAUCGGAUCCAGCAACCGUCCUCCGAACCGCAAUGUAGAGGUUACCCCGCCUAAGCCUCGAGUCCUGCCGCCCCUGAAGCAGAAGGUGUUUAUACCCGCGCCUUAUCAUCCACCUUUGUCGGUCCUGUCUUCUCACUCAAGUGUGGAUUCUCCCCAGGCACCUCCUUCUGUUCCUCUUCCCGUCCCACCCCCUUCCCCUUUACCCCUUUCAUUUAAAUCUGUUUCUCCUAGAAUCAAAGAGGAAGAGGACACGUUUAUGUGACAAACAGACAAAUAAAGUCAUCCCAGAGAAGAUUC